CGAGAGUAGCAUCAUCAUCGUCAUCACCAUAACCCCGGCCACGAGGACCCCGUACUCCAGAGGAUAAAUACGGAAUUGCGACGUACGCCAUUGUUACCAUCAAGUAUGCUCUUACCGCUACCUGUAACUACUGAAAGCGAGAGUACUGUGUGUGGCAUAUUUAAAUCCCGAUAAAAUAACGCGCAUCGAUCGAAACGAACAAGGAGUGAAAUACAUCGUACAUUAUUUACAAUGUUCAGGACUUAUACAAUGACUUUCAUAGGAUUUAUAAUUGUGGCGUUGUUUUCUGUGAAUAUAUUCGUCGACGGAGCCGGCGAAUGUAACAGCUAUCCGUGCCGAAACAAUGCAGCGUGUGUCGAGACUGGUGGGAAGUAUCUAUGUCAGUGUCAGUACGGAUACCAUGAUAUAAACUGCCAAUUACAAAUCACAGGGCAAACAUGUGGCACGACUCACUAUACGCCAACGGGCACUAUAGCAUCACCCACCGAUAGCCAAGGACUGUACUCCCCUCUAUCGUACUGUGCAUACAUUAUUCGCGUAGCAGGGGCACAAAGGAUACAAUUCACGUUUACGUCAUUCGAUACUGAAGAAGGCAAAGACCAUUUUGAAUAUGGUUCCGGACCAAUAGCUGACUACAAUCAAGCUAUUGGUCAAUACUCGGGUUCAGUUAUACCACCAACGUUCGUAGUUGCAGGUGACCACGCAUGGAUCAUGUUUGAUACAGAUUUGAACGGCGAACGAACAGGAUGGACGAUAGAGUACCAAGCUGAUCUAGACGACUGUUUGAGCAACCCGUGUCAAAAUGGUGGAUUAUGCAAUGAUGGCGACUACACUUAUACAUGCACCUGUGCUUCCGGAUGGUUCGGAACAAACUGUGAAACAAAUAUCGACGAAUGUUCGAGUAAUCCCUGUGCGAAUGGUGGUACAUGUGUGGAUAAUGUGAAUUCACAUACAUGCUUAUGCACUGCAGGUUGGCGAGGUGCCACUUGUCAUCUUGACAUAGACGAAUGCGACAGUUCGCCGUGUCAGAACGGAGGCGUCUGUAACAACCUACAAAAUGCAUUUUCGUGUACUUGUUUUCCUGGAUUUGACGGUACAAGGUGUGAAAACAAUAUCGAUGAAUGUGCUUCAAAUCCGUGCCGGAAUGGAGCUCAGUGUACUGAUGGUUCCAACAGUUAUCAAUGCUACUGUGCUGUGGGAUAUAGUGGAUUCAACUGUGAAAUAAAUAUUAAUGAAUGUAGUAGUUCACCUUGUUUUAAUGGUGCUACAUGCAUCGAUGGUGUUAAUGGAUACACAUGCCAGUGUGUAGAUGGCUGGUCUGGUGCCACAUGUGUAACAAAUAUUGAUGAAUGUGCCAGUAACCCUUGUGCUAAUGGUGGAACAUGCUCUGAUUUAGUGAACAGUUAUCUGUGUAAUUGUGGAGCAGGAUGGCGUGGUAUCAACUGUGAUAUUGAUUAUAAUGAAUGUGUUAGUAACCCAUGUUCCAAUGGUGGUGAAUGCAUUAAUGGCAUCAACCAGUUUAGUUGUGUAUGUGCCCCAGGAUGGCAAGGACUCAGGUGUACUACAGACAUUGAUGAGUGUGCCAGUAAUCCAUGUCAGAAUAAUGCUCCGUGUUUGAAUACCCAGAAUAAAUAUACAUGUUAUUGCCUACCAGGAUGGACUGGAACUAACUGUGAUAUAGGUAACUAA